AUGAAAUAAGAAGAUAGUGAAUCAUUAACAGAGAGUUAAGUACUGUUAUUUAUGAAUGAGAAGAUGAGAGAGGAAGGAAUGCUUGAUAGAAUAAAAUUAUAAGUUAGAAAAGAAAUAGUUGAUAAAUUGAUGCAAGAACCAAAAUAGAAAAAAUAAAAAAGAUUAUUUGAUUUAAAAGUGGCAGAUUGUUUUGUUAUUAAUUUUUUAUAAAGUCAAAAUUUCCUUUGCACAGCUGAAAUAUUUAUAUAAGAAUGCGGAAUAGAUAGAAUUGAUAUAUUACAAACAUAAGAAUUACUUUAAUUACAUGGUUUAACAAUAAGAGAUUAUGAAUAGCAUUUAUUUCAAUUAUAAUAAGGAACAAUAUCUGCAUUAGAGAUAAUGAGAAGUGUAAUAAAGAGAAAAUAUCAUAUUGAAAAGACAGAUCAUUCUUGUUAAACAGAUGAAAGGGAAGAAACUUAUGAAUAAAAGAUGAGAAAUUUAGAAACAGGAUUUCUUAAGAAAAUUAAUUAUUCUAGAUUACAUGAUAUGUAAACAAUUGAAGAGAGGGUAUUUUUAUAUAUUUUAUAUUUUAUUAGAUGAAUAAUUUAAGAAAAGAUAUAGAAUCAAAAUAUUAAGCAAAAUUAGAAUCAGAAAUAAUACGUUUAAAAGAACAUGAAAUGGAAAUGAUUAGAUAAGAAGAAAGAAUUCGAUAUGAAAAAAUGUUAAAAUAAAUGAAAUCAGGUGCAGAUGAAGAAUAUUUAGAAAAAUUAUAAGAACUUAAAAAAAAAGAAGAAGAAGCUUUAAUAAGAAUUAAUGCAAAAUUAAAGGCAAUAGAAUAAGAUAAAUUUGAAAAGUAAUAAGAAAUAUAAAGGUUUAUAAUAAUAAUAUUUUAAUUUAGGUAAUUACAUGAAUUAGAAUAAGAGAAAAUUAAAUAUCAUAGACAUAAAUGUUUAGAUUCAGAUGUUGUCAAAUAAGAAUUAGCUGAAAUGGAAGCAAUUAAAAUGGAUCUUAGAAAAGCUAUUGAUGAAUAUAAAAAAAGUAAAGAAUCUUUAGAUUAAUAAAAUAUUAAAUAAGCAGAAAUGUUAAAUGAAUAUUGGAAAGAAAAGAUUGCUAAAGAAAGAGAAGCUAAAAAAGAAGAAGGAAUUGAUGAUGAUACAGAUUGGGUUAAAUAUUAAAAGGAUAAUUGUUCUAGACUUUAAAAAUAAAGAGAAUAUUUACUAAGUGAAAAUGAAUCAUUAAGAUAAGAAAUUAAUGAACUUAAUUAUAAAAUUUAAGAAAUUCAAAAAGAAUUAGAUAAAUGCAGAAAUGAAUUAAUGUAAGCAAAAGAUGAAAGAGAUAUAGAACAUAAUUAUUGUUUACGUUUAGAAGGUUAAAUUAGAAUUAUUACCUAAAUUAAUGAAAGAAACAGCAAAAUAUGA